AUGUCUUUUGGGAGGCAUGCUUGCCGGCAAGCACUGAAGCCGAAUGCUGUACCGGUCCACGACCAUCUUUGGAUCAGCGAUGAUCUACUUGCAGUCACUUUCCGUCGCUUUGCAAACGGCCAGCGUCGCCAUGGCAGCUGCGUCCCAGGACCCUUGGAGGCGCGACGACGACUAGCCAAGAGACGAAACACAGUUCUUGCAGCUUUUGGAGCUGGGUCGGCUGACGACAUUGCCUGUCUCUUCGGUCGCAAUGGGAGGGAACACAUGAAAUGGACCGACCACCCGUGGCAGAGACCGCAGGCAGAGACUCGAGGUAUGUUGACGUUCGGUUUUGCUUUGAACCCAAAUUUCCAUAUCCAAUACUCAAAGCUUGAAGAUCACAGGGAUUAUUCCGCUACAGUGGCGCAAGCUCCGCUAUCUUUCGAUGACCACAAUCACGGCCUCGUCGACGUCUUUCGCCACUCUGUUCCCCGGCCGCCUUCCCUCAGGGCAGAACCUAUCUCUCGGUCUGACCAGCUGAAAAAGUUCCUGGAAGGAGGUGGUCAUGGGAUCGAAGAGAUUAGGGAUUUCACGCGCCAGCUCCGAAUCGACCUGCAACGAUUCCCGAAAUACAGUCGGCAAAUCCUUGACUAUCUGUUAUCGCGCCCAGUCUUGAACAUGGACCAGGUGAUUCAAUUUUUGGAUGAUCCUUUCCUGAAUACAUGGGGCUCGGGCAAUUAUUAUGCUGCUUUGAGAGUGUUCGUCCAAGCAAAGAUGAAGCGAUCCAGCCGGACGGCUGUGCUUCACUCUGUGUGCCGCGCGCUCGAGUUGGGGCUUGUGCCAACUGAUGAGCUCUGCCAUAUCCUGCAGGCAAUGCCUCGCAUUCUUGUCGAACGAGGUCAGGCUAUGGGGGUGGCAGAUCCAAACGCUGUGGUCAAACACUACCGUGCAAUGUGGAAAGCCAUUGGUCGCUGCACUAUUCUUGGCUACCGUGACUUGGACAGCGAGCUUGUGAACGUCUGGCUUACUGAACUUCUGAAGCUGCGCAGCUUCCGGUUCGCUGAACAAGUCAUUGUGGCCACCCACAAUGCGUCUAUUGAACCCCACUGGCCAGUCAACCUGGUCUUGGCGCAAUUGGCCGAAGCCAAGGCUACUGGCAUCGAGCCAUCUUUUCCGACAAUGCUGAGCCAACUCCAUCCUGAAUGUGGCGCAAAAUGUAUUAUCCAAGUCACUGAGACACUGGCAAUCCCCAAGACGAAGAAUGAGAACCAGGGUCUUCUUGAGCAUUGGCAGAGUUGCCUUGCAAAAUUGACCAACAUUUCUGCUCUUGCAAACUCGCGGGCCUGGCUGGAUGUACCAUUAGCCUACAGCGAGGAAGUUGCGACGACCGAGCUUUCGCCGCCGAUUUCUCAUGUUCAAAAGCAAAUUGUCAGUCGACUCUGGGUGUUGCGCACGUUGAGUCGGUCUUUGGAACCACUACAGGAACAUGGCUCUCGAGCGACAGACCUGCCGCUUUAUUUGAUGCUUGGUCUCUACGAGACGGCUACUAAGAAAACUAGCGGGUCAUUCUUGUCGGACCUGAUGCGCGGAAUUCACAGUCUGAACAUGCCUCACAACGACCUUUUGUUGCUGGCAGUGAACAUGAGACUGAAGAAGAGAAUCAGUAAGACCACCCGCCAAACACUGGAGCGGCUGGAAACCUCGCAAAUUUCUUUGGCAGACGUUUGGACAAAUCCUCCGCUCUAUCAGGGCGUCCGAGCACUGUUUUUUGGCGCAUUUGAUCAAAUGUUUCGCCAUCUGGAUCUCACCAGCUCGGAAAUGGUCGGAGAAUGUCUACGACUCGUCCGUGUUGGUGAUUCCCGGAGUAUUUGGUCCGUGUUGACAAUUCUGCGGAGUCACACGCCCCUCAAGCUCUGCCUCAAUAAAGCCUGGACACCCCUUCCACACCCUGACGAGAAGGCCUUAGUGCGAUAUCAUGGGGGAACUCGGAACAGCCAGACACCAGAUCCUUACUCUGCGGUUGACUUCAUUCACCGGCUUGCUGUCGCGAUCUCGUGCAGUCACAAUUUGACUCCGGCUCGCUCCUUCCAUCUCGUACAUAUGCUGUACGACUAUUUGCGUCGCCAUGGUGGACCUGUUUACCCGUCUCUAGUGCAGGCCAUGUAUCAUGCUGGUAUUGUGCGCUACCGUCGGGAAGGGCGCCGCAUCUCUGCAACGCAAUACGAAUACAUCCUUUGGAUUGUUGACAAGUUCGAGGGGCGUGAGGCCGCCAUGCAUCUCAGAGCGCCGGCGCGGAUUGGAGUUGAGUGA